UAAUUACACCGUUUAGUUGUCCCUCGUUUUGUUAAUAAGUUUACGUGCUAAAUAUGGCAUAUUAUGCUUCAUUAUGUGAUGAUAAACUCUUAAGAGUAUGAGUGAAAAAUCAGUAUUCAGCAGUACAAAGCAGAACUAAUGUAAAAUAUGGGAUAAUUUGACUGCGAUGCCUUCUCUUGCUGUCAUGGCUUCUAAGAAGGAAGUACCACAGGAAUUGUCUACAGCUCCUUUUGAUCCACGAUUUCCAAAUCAGAACCAGACUAGGUACUGCUGGCAGAGCUACGUCGACUACCAUCGAUGCCGGAAAUUGAAAGGAGAAGAUUAUGCACCAUGCGAUUAUUUCCGCAAAUGCUAUGAAAGUCUUUGCCCUUUUGCUUGGGUUGAAAAGUGGGACACUCAGCGAGAAGAAAACCGGUUCCCAGGAAAAAUUUAGUCAUGUUACGCGACCAUGUUAUACCUGCAGAUGUGACUUAAAACUUCAUUAGUUGGGACAGUUCUAGUUAAAGGUGGUUAUGCCAUCAGAGUAGUGGUUUCUAAGGUAACAAAUAAUAUUAAGGUUUUUUUUUGUUUCCACACUACACUUUGAGUGUAUUUCACAUCUUAUGCAAAUGUGGUAACUCAGAUUUUUUUAAAUAUAGAAUAUUCAUCAGUCUCCGAGAUGUGGAAGUAGUUGUAUAAAUGAAUAACCACCUAAUUCAGUAAUUAAAUCCUCCAUAAAAUGUGUAUAUUUUCUUUUUUAAGUAUUGUGAAGUUAUUUGACAUAUGCCAAAAUAUUAAAUGGAACUUUACUGUUUAGUAAAACUUGAUUACCGAGCAAAAAAUUUACUGUACUUUGUAAAUGUUGAUCUCUGAUUUGAGGACCACUAUUCGUAGUAUCCAGUUGUUUUCUCAAACCAUUUGAUCCCAAUCCCUCCCAUAGGAAUUUCACCCAAGAAAUAUUCUCAGAAUUGUAACUCUAAUGCCCAUUAAACUUGAGGUUCCUGUGUAGUAGUUGACCUUCAGAGUAGAGAUUUAAGUUCUACUAAUUAAUGCAAAAAUCCCAUUAUGUUUUGUAUGGCAGGUGUUAAGAAUGGUUAAAUAUUUGCUGAGACUCACGAAAUUGAGGUUUUUUGUUAAUAUGGCUCUUUUAGAUUGAUUUAUAUUUGUGGGCCUCUUUUGUAAUUGUAUCUGUACUGUGACUUCUGGUUUUCACACAAAUACACUGCUUGCUACACUGUA